GCAGCUUCAGGAAGAUGUAUCUUCUGCUGUGGAACGUUGGUUUUCUGGGAAUUCUGAGCCUGCAAGUGCUGGGCGAGAAGAUAAACUAUGAUAGGGACCAGGUUCUACAAAUCAUUCCACAGAACAUGAAACAAGUUCAGUGCCUAUGCCAUAUAUGUCAGUCAUCACAGUUGGAUCUUUGGAAACCUCUUUAUCUAGAGGAUGUCACCCCUAGUAAAGUAGUGCUCGUCAGGAUCCCAUCCAUUGCUCUUCAGUCUGUGAAAGAGGAGCUGCUACAUUGUUCGCUAUCUUUUGACAUUCUGCUUAAUAAUUUAACUCGGGUUAUGGGCAGCGCAGAGAGACAACGAAACUAAGAAAAAAGAGAUCAACAACUGACUAUGUCUACACGAAAUAUCACCCAAUGGAAGAAAUUUACAACUGGAUCAAUCUAAUGUCUGAAACGCACAGUGAUCUGCUUACACAACAUUAUUUGGGUGCAACAUAUGAGUCCAGACCCAUGCAUUAUUUAAAAAUUAGUCAGCCAUCAAGUAAUCUUAAAAAAAUGAUCUGGAUGGACUGUGGCAUUCAUGCAAGGGAAUGGAUUGCACCAGCUUUUUGUCAGUGGUUUGUCAAAGAGAUUGUACAGAAUCAUCAAAAGGAUGCACGUAUAAAAAAGAUUCUCAGGAACCUGGAUCUCUAUGUCUUGCCUGUUCUAAACAUCGAUGGCUACAUUUAUACAUGGACCACUGAUAGACUUUGGAGAAAAUCCCGUUCACAGCAAGAAAAUGGGACAUGUUAUGGGGUGGACCUUAAUCGGAAUUUCAAUGUUAAAUGGUGCGAUCUCGGAUCAUCCAAAAAUUGCUCAGACAACUCUUACUGUGGAAUUUCACCUGUAUCUGAACCAGAAACCAAAGCAGUGGUAGACUUUGUGGAGAAGAGAAAAUCAGACAUCAUCUGCUUCCUAACAAUGCACUCAUACAGUCAAUACAUUCUGACUGCUUAUGGCUACACCAGAGACCUACCAAAAAGCUAUAAUGAAACGGCAAGUCAUGUUUUCUAA